AUGGAAAGAUCCAUGGAGAAGGUGUUUGAAGAAGCAGAAUUAUGUGGUGCUCUUAACCUCUCUAGCAGAAAAAUGAAAGAAUUUCCAAACGAACUGGCUAAUCUCAGUGGCAACAGAUUGAGUGACGUUCCAACUUGUGUCUGCGAAUCGCGUUCUCUGGAGUCACUUCGUCUUCGUGGAAACGUUCUAAGAAGCGUUCCGUUGAACAUCAUUUUUCUGCGCUCACUAACUGUGUUGGAUCUGAGCAACAAUAAAAUUGUCCAGCUACCGCUGAGCUUAUUCGAGUUGCCCUUGGAGAUCGUGCUUUUGACUGGAAAUCGUCUCGACUCCAUUCCUCGAGAAAUUCGGCAGCUUUCUUCAACCCUUUCAGAGCUGGACGUUAGCUGCAAUUUCUUGAGGAGCAUCCCCCCUGACAUUGCGCUACUUAAGAUGUUGCGUGUCUUGAAUCUUCGUCAAAACUUUCUCGAAUGCUUUCCAUCAGGUGUGUACAUGGUCAUAAACGGAUUUUUCUGA